AUGUCGCGCAUUUACUUUUCCGCACUUUCAUCUUUCGUUUUCAUCGGAUACUGUAUAUAUAAAGAUCACCAUUCUGCAACCAACACAAUAAAAAAAAAACAACAACAAACAAACAAACAAACAAACAAUCUUACAACAUAUUAUAACAUCAAGUAUUUACAAAUGACAGUUACCCAAGUUCAAGAGAUCAAGAAGAUUCUUGCUUCCAUUUUGCCAUUACUUCCAGAAGAAUUUGCUGCCAAUGUUGAUAAACUUGAGUUUAGUAAUGAAUCAGGUGAAUUAUUAGUACCUACACCAUUAAAACAAACUGAAACUAUAUCUGCAUUGAAAGGAUUAGAAGCUUUGGUUGCUUUUAAAUUAGCUGAAGAAAGGUAUGGGACUGUUGAAGGUAAAUGUGAUAUUGAUUUACAUCAUGCUUUGUUAUUUUUAAUGUCUACUUAUUGUUCUUCAAUUGAUGGAUACUACAAAACUGAUAAGAAAGAAGUUUUGAAAUAUUUAAAACCAACUGAUUUGAAUGAAGCUCAAUCGGAUCCUUAUAGAAGAAUGUCUGCUAAUUUAUACAGAACUAAAGAUAAAAAUAGAUAUUAUCAUAUUCAUGGAUCAUUAGAAGCAUCUACAUGUUUGAAAAUGAUUGGAUUACCACCAUUUAUUAAAGGUUUAACUGAUUAUAAUAAAAUCGUGGAGAUUUAUCAGACUAAAUUGGAUGAAUUUACUGUGGAUGAAUUAGAAGCUUUAAAUAACAAGAAUAAACAAGCAGGAGUUGAAGCUUUAAAACAAGAAGAUUUUUUAGCUACCCCUCAUGGUAAAGUAAUUAGUAAACUUCCACCAUUUGAAAUUGAACAAUUGGAAACUACAACUCCACCAAUUGCAUUUAUUCCUUCAAAUAAUCAUAAAAUUCUUGAAGGUGUUAAAGUUCUUGAAUUAUGCCGUAUUAUUGCUGGUCCAACAAUUGGUAAGAUUUUAGCUGAAUAUGGAGCCACUGUUAUUAAAGUAACUUCAGAUGAUACAUUACCAGAUGUUCCAUUUUUUCAACUUGAUGCAAAUAUGGGUAAACAUACCACUAAUCUUAAUUUGAAAAAUCCAGAAGAUAGAAUUAAAUUUGAAAAUUUACUUAAAGAUGCUGAUGUUAUAAUUGAUGGAUAUCGUCAAGGAGCAAUUGACAAAUUAGGUUAUGGUAAAGAUAAACUUGCCGAAUUGGCUAUUUCUCGUAAUAAAGGUUACAUUUAUGGAUCAGAGAAUUGUUUUGGUUUUACUGGUGAAUGGAGUCAUAGACCAGGUUGGCAACAAAUUGCUGAUUGUGCAAGUGGUGUUGCUUGGGUUCAAGGAUUAUCAUUUGGCAAAAAUGAACCAAUGGUUCCUCCAUUCCCAAUGAGUGAUUAUGGUACCGGUUGUUUAGCAGCAAUUGCUAUAAUGUUGGGUAUAUAUAAAAGAAAUAAAAUUGGUGGUAGUUAUUGGUGUUCUUCAAGUUUAGUUCAAUAUGAUUUAUUGUUAUUGAAACAAGAUACAUAUCCUGAAGAAACUUGGAAAUCUGAAGUUACUCAAAAUGAAAUUUAUCAAGAUUUUAUGAAAAUCAGAUAUUAUGAUUCAGUUGAUAAAAUCAGCAAAACAGCUAUGCAAGCCAUGAUUACCAAACAACCCAAUUUACUUAAUGAUGAGAAAUAUUUUGUUAAAGAAUAUUCUGAUGCGUUCAAAGGAAUGUUAUCUACACUUAAACCGGUUUGUCAAUUUGAUAAUAUUGAAACAGGAUAUAAUUGUUCAAGUAGACCCAACGGAUACGAUGCCCCUGAGUGGUGGUAA